AUGUCUAUAACUGAAUCCGUUACAGAAAAUUUUGAGUACGAUGACUCUGCUGAAGCCUGCUAUGUAGGGGACAUCGUGGCCUUUGGGAGUGUCUUCCUGUCCAUAUUCUACCCCCUUGUCUUUGCCUUUGGCCUGGUGGGAAAUUUGUUGGUGGUGUUUGCCCUCGUCAACACCUGCAAGACCAAGGGCAUCGCCGACAUUUACCUCCUGAACCUGGCCUUGUCUGAUCUGCUCUUUGUAGCCACUUUGCCCUUCUGGACUCACUAUGUGCUAAGUGAAGAAGGCUUCCACAAUGCCAUGUGCGUGCUCACUACUGCCUUCUUCUUCAUCGGCUUUUUUGCGGGCAUAUUCUUCAUCACCAUCAUCAGCAUUGAUAGGUACCUGGCCAUCGUCCUGGCCACCAACUCCAUGAACAACCGGACUAUGCAGCACGGUGUCACCAUCAGCCUAGGUGUCUGGGCAGCAGCCAUUUUGAUGGCGGCACCCCAGUUCAUGUUCACAAAGCAGAAAGAAAGAGAGUGCCUAGGUGACUACCCUGAGGUCCUCAGGGAUAUCUGGCCUGUGCUCCGCAACGUGGAAGCAAAUUUACUUGGCUUUCUGCUCCCCCUGCUCAUCAUGAGUUAUUGCUACUUCAGAAUCGUUCAGACACUGUUUUCCUGCAAGAACCACAAGAAAGCUAAAGCCAUCAAGCUGAUCUUUCUGGUGGUCAUCGUGUUUUUCCUCUUCUGGACACCCUACAACAUUAUGAUUUUCCUGGAAACUCUCAAACUCUAUGACUUCUUUCCCAGUUGUAACAUGAGGAGAGAUCUUAAGUUGGUCCUCCAAGUGACUGAGACGGUGGCAUUUAGCCAUUGUUGCCUCAAUCCCCUUAUCUACGCGUUUGCUGGAGAGAAGUUCAGAAGAUACCUCUACCACCUAUACAGGAAAUGCCUGGCCGUCCUGUGUGGUCGUUCAGUCCACACCAGUUUCCCCCCAUCUGAAUCGCAAAGGAGCAGGCUGGAAAGUGUUCUAAGCAGCAAUUUUACUCAGUACACGAGUGAUGGAGAUGCAUCCCUCCUUCUCUGA